AUUCCUUUAUUUUCCUUCUCAGUAGUGAUGCUGAUCCUGGACCCCCCUGCAUUUCUCCUCUUAGGUGUACCAGUUUCUCAGCCAGCUCCUUGCUAUCCUGUUGCACUCGCUCCGUUGACAGACCCUAACCCUACCCUGCGGCACCGCCGGAAUCAGGCCCCCGUCUUCCUGCGCCAACGACUGGAGCCGACACGCUGGUCUGAGCGUCUGGGUCCAGACCAGAACCUCGCCUGACACACAGGCAGUCCACACCAGACUAACCAUUUCAGACCAGACCAGACCAGUACUUCACCCUCACCAACAGCCAGACCAGGACUCUGGGACCAGCUCGCCCAUCGCAGACCUCCAGCCAUCAAGCCAGCAGCCAAGCCAGGAGCAGCAGGCAUUAAGCAGCCUCUCCACCUUCCUCCUCCAACUCUCCACCUCCUGUCCUCUAAAGCAGGUCACCCGGAUCUCUGGUCCUCCUCCCUCACCCCCCCCAGACUCCACCUCGGCCCUCCCGCUUCCCCUGACACGCCUGCGCCGACCUCCCGCCGCCACCAGAGGGGGCUGCCGCACCUGCUCUCUCACCAGCGAGCGUAGCCCAGGCCGUCCCCACAGGCCUUCACCACCUACGACCCCCCCCCCCCCCCCCCCCCCCUGCUACGAGCAUCCCGCUACGUGAACCACCCCCCCUCCAGCCCGGCAGCCAGACCACAUGGAGAAGGUGCAGCACAUGACCCGCUCGGCCUUCAGGCGGGCGUCCAUGGCGGUGGAGGUUCCUCCGCAGGCCAGGCAGAACAUGCAGGAGCUCUUCGUCAACUUCUGCCUCAUCCUCAUCUGCCUGCUGCUCAUCUACAUCAUCGUCCUGCUCAUACCACUGUAGCUGAACCAAUGACCAUCUAUCCAUCCAUGCACCAAUCUUCUGCCCCAUAGAGUACCGUCCCGUCAGGAUGCAAAUGACACAAUGCCGUCUCAAUCUGCUGCUCGACUUCCUGGUCACGCUUGUGCGAACCGUGACCUCACAUCCAGUGAUGUCAUAUCCUUGAUGUAGCUGCAACUAGCCUAACCAGUAAUCAGCUCCAGCCCACAUAUGGAACAGUGGAGGAGCACAGAUUACACAACGUCAGAGUCUAGAGCUGUUUCGGGGUUUCAAACAGCUGUGUGACAAUAAGUAGCAACACAGUUCAUCAUCUUCUGCUAGCUAGCACACACGGCAUGCAUGACUGCUACAUUGCUAAUGCAAAGCCAGCAUCACCCUGUCACAAUGAUGUCACACAUUCUAAUUCUCUGUGCUGUAGCACACGGUGAUGUCACAUUUUGAUGUCACACACUGAUUUGGACACGAUCGAAUGAUUCCUUGGGUCACACACACUGAUGUUGAUGUCCUUGUGCAGUCCGUCACACACUGAUGUCACACACGCUGACGAUAUCAAAACUACUAUAUUGCCGAAUAUAAGGCUAAAGCUAGGCUGAAUAUAUCAAGGUUGAGACAACAAUGUCACCACAACGCAGGAGUUUGGAUUUCAUGGGACCAGAGAGAAUUUGUCUCCAAUAGCAACAGAUACUGUUGUUACAGAAUUUGCCCCAACAGUAACAACAGUAGCUAACUGUUAGGGUUAGCUACUAUUAGUGUUUCCAGUUCAAUUCUACAUAAAGACAACCAAGUAUGUGGACAUAAAGCCACUUAGAGACAAAAUUUUGCUUAUUUUGUCAUCCAGUUGGGCAUUCCAUGCAUAUUUAUCCAUUCCAAUUUACUUAAGCAAAAUACACAAAGGCUCAUGGGUAACUGUGUCUCACCCUUCACAUAUUGUUCCAAUAAAGCAGGAAGUCACAUCCCUAGUCCACUCUGGAACUACAGCGAUACUACAAUUCCCAGAAGCAACAGUUUGACAUUUCCAUCUUUCUGCGUUCCUCAAUUGCUGUAAGACACUAACAAAUAAAAAGACUGGAUCAUAGUUAAGAUUUACAACGUGA